UCUGAAGACGUUCAACAAAUAAGCUCCUUGAAGUCCGUGAUCGAUGGAAUGUCUUUACUUUCUCCGCACGACGGCAAUCGGGAUUUUCCAGGAGUGUCCGAUACUCAACUGAUCCCGUUCGUGGAGGAUUUCGUUUUGGCUUUGGCCAUGUGUAACACUGCUGUGGUCUCCGCGACCAAAAAUUCCGCUUCCAUGGUGAGUUUUGCGCAGUGUGUGUGUUUAUGUACAUAUGUGCUUGUGUUCCAUCAAUCGACCGAUGUUUUUAUUCAAUUCAACGGACAGUAUUUUUCUUGA